AUGACUGUCACAGACUUGUUUUGGGCACAUUGUGUAAGUUUAGAUUUGCUUCGUUCAUUUUCAAAGGUGUUGAUCAUGGACUGUACAUAUAAGACAAAUCGAUAUCGUCUUCCUCUUCUUGAGAUAGUUGGUGUGACAUCCACUGAUAUGUCUUUCUCCGUAGCCUUUGCAUAUCUCCAAUUUGAGCGGAUUGAUAACUAUGUUUGGGUGUUAACUACAUUGCGUAGUCUUUUUGAUGACAUUGUUAUUCCUAAGGUGAUUGUCAUGGACAGGGAGCUUGCUUUGAUGAAUGCUAUUAACAGUGUAUUUUCUACAUCUCGACAUUUAUUAUGCCGAUGGGCUGAAAGUGCACAUGCAAAACUUAAAGAACAACUUGGUUUUAAUCAAGUCAAUUUUGAGUGUUCUUGGACUAAGAUCCAUAGUUUGCUUGAGUUACAUCACGUUGAUAUUAAGGCAUCGUUUGAGAAGAGUUUAACCGUUAUACGACACCAGUUUAAACCAUCCCAUCUUAGAGAGUUUCGCGGCAAUAUCUCCAUAAUUGCAUUAGAUCAUGUUUUAGCAGAGAGUAAGCGAGCGAAUGAUGUUGGCAUUGAUGCUUCAGGUCGUCCAAUACCCUUUGAUAGUAUUAACCCGCACUGGAGGACUCUUGAGCUAGUACAAAAGUUGAAAAAUGAUAAAGUGGAAUUGAGUUGUGAACCAAAGUUUGGUUUCAUACUUAAGCGAUUCAAUGCAUCUAAUUACAUUAUGCAGUUGGAAAUUCUGCAUAAGUUAGGAGAGAUAGCAAAUCCGCAAAGUACUUUUCUCAUUGAGCCGGAUGUGAAGCCCAACCCUCGAGGUAAGGGACAUAAGAAGGUAGAUGUAUCCACGCGUCGAGACUCAUGUGCAUUUGAGUUGGUUCAAUCUAGACAUGAUAGCCACUCACCUAUGGGCACCCAGAUCCCUACACAGGAUUUUGUCAAAGUACAAACAAAACGGCCUGCCAAAGAGAAGGUAUAUCAAACUCGUACAACGACUUCUUCAUAUGUUGAUGCCCUUUCAGUUGGAUUGAAGCCUUACAUACAUCUUAUCAAGGAUGUAGAUGUUGAUGGCAAUUGCGGGUUUUGGGCCAUUGCUAGCUUGAUAGGGCUUACAGAGGCUGAAUGGGGUCAAGUUAGGCGUGAUCUCCUACAUGAAUUGUACACACACAUAUACCAUUACACUCAUCUAUAUGGUUCACAUGACAGGAUUGAAGAGCUGACCCAUAAUCUAUCAUACUUUGAGCCCAAUUCAGGGUAUCACCGUUGGAUGACUAUGCCUGAUAUGGGUCAUCUUGUUGCAUCUUGUUAUAAUGUGGUGUUCAUGUUACCAGGUCAUCCAGUUCCACUGAUAGCUACCAAUUGGUGCAAGUUUCAUCAUUCUUAUGUGAUUGGAUGGGGCACUGCAUAUAAUCGCCGAAUUGAGCAUUUUAAAGAAGUUGUUCAUUUAGGGGUAGCUACUAGAGAGACAUUUGAUUGUAUUAACCUUGAUGAGUAA